UGGUUGUAAGCGUGGUGUGAAACGUAUUUGCUAAAACUAAAUACAUUUCGUUGUUUCCGUUUCGGUUUUUCGUAUUACGUCUUAAAAAUUAUUUUUACUUUCGUUUCCGAAAGUAGAAGACAACCUUGAAACCGUUGAGAAGACGUUCUUAGACAAAUGGGUGCUGUAUAUUCUCUGACCAUCCCUCAAUGAACCACUCUCUGACCAACCUAUGGGCUGUGCUUGUUGCCUGCCGAAUAAUUUGGACCCUCUGGCCACAACAGGGGUACAUCCACCCUGAUGAGUUUUUCCAGUCGACUGAAAUCGUUGUUGGGGACAUACUCAAUUUGGAUGUGGAAAGAACAUGGGAGUUCAACAGCACGCAGCCCCUUCGAAGCAUUUUCUUCCUACACCUGAUUUACGGAUUGCCUGUGAGGUUACUGGCCUUCCUGCAGAAACUGGGUCUUUUCGAAAUCUCUCCAUAUCUGCUCAUCAUCGUUCCUCGACUGGCAAUCACUGCUUUGAUGUUCACCGUCGAUGCAGUCUUGUGGAAGUCAAGUAAAUGCCUGGGUAUCAAACCCUGGUUUUCUCUCUGCCUUUACGCCAGUUCCUACGUGACGCUGACCUACUUGACCCGUACCCUGUCCAACACCAUCGAAUGUCUGCUCUUUGCUAUCAUCUUGUACAUCGUCCUGCCGAAAUUUGGCGCCGCCUACGGCAGUUUGAGUUCUUCGCGUCGUAGUAGAAAACGGCAGAAGAAAAACGAAGAACAGCAAAGUCCGGCUUCCGUGGUGGACAACUCCGCUUCUGCCAAAGGAAACAAGAAAGCGGCCACGUCUGCAAAGUCUGCCAAUGCCGUGGCUGCUGCCUCCUCCUCUGCGGCAUCGGCGCCGGGAAAGUCGGGAAAGGGCAAACAGAAAGGUAAAAAGACGAAAACGAACCCUGGCUCGAACACUGCACCACACGGACAGCAACAACAACAAAAACAAAAACAGCAAAAACAACAACAACAAAAACAACAGCAACACCAAAAACAACAGCAACAACAAAAGCAACAGCAACAACAAAAACAACAACAAAAACAUUCGCAGAAGCAACAAAAACAACAACACCAACAACAACAACACCACCACCAGCAACAACAACAAGUUUUGAACUCGCAAAAACCUCACCAAACAUUCAGCGAAACUGACUUUGUCAAGACCGAACUGUUUGUUCUGGCUUGCUGCACCGUUGCCGGGACCUUCAACCGACCCACGUUUCCAGUGUUCGCCGUGGCGCCAAUCCUUGCAUGGUUCUAUUGCACCUCCUGCACCAAGCCUGCGACCCUAGUGAAAAACAUUGCCCUGUUCGCGCUGUUCUCCUUGCCCGUAUGCGUCGUCUUUGUCUGCGUCGACACGUUCUACUACCGAAUCUCACCGACAGACUUCUUCAAUGCGCUCGAUAGCUGCAUGCACGUCGGCGGCCCAGCCGGCGCGACUCUAUGCGCGUGGCGCGUACUAGCAUCUCAUGUAACUGUAACUCCGUUCAACUUCCUCCUUUACAAUACGCAGGUCACUAACCUCGCCGAACAUGGGCUACACCCAUCCUAUCUCCACGUCCUCAUCAACAUGCCCCUUCUUUACCACAUUCUCUACAUCCUUUUCUUCUACAACAUUUACCAAUGCUUUAGCCAAACCGCAAAGCUCCUCAUCCCCUCUUGCGUCCUGUCCUUAUUUAUCGUCGUACCUGUUACCAUACUCUCGAUUUUCCCUCACCAAGAACCUCGCUUCUUGGUACCACUUCUACCAUUGCUGGUUCUCAUUGGGGCUCAGGUGAUUGAGCAAUGCAAAUGGAAGUUUGCUUUGCAUUUGUCUUGUACCUGGGUGGUUGCUAACCUUGUCCUGGCCCUCUUUUAUGGGUUUCUUCAUCAAGGUGGAGUGAUUCCGAGCCUGAUGAGUGCUAAGUACAACCAGAUCUCACCGCCGCUAGAUUCCACUGGCAUUUCCGCUCCCUGUGGAAGCAGCAGCAGUAGACAGGACCACCUCGUGUUCUACCACACGUACAUGGUACCGAAACACUUGUUGCUUAACCGACACGAUAACAUCACCCUGGUUACUCAUGACCUGAAGGGCGGUGCCAUGCCCUUGCUGACUGACCUCUUGCACAAACUGCUCUCUGACAACAACAACAACGACAACGAGAACCCUUUGGUUCCUGGAGCUUGUUCUGUGCGAGUGGUCCUUCCGGCAACGAUCGCUGAUGCGUUCAAACGCGCGCAGCAGUGCGGCGUGCAGUAUUUAUGCAACGAAGAGAGGUGGUUUGCACCGCACCUGUCGUUAGAAGACCCUCCUCUGCGACUCUUUGGUCGGACGUCAUCCGACGGGGACCUGUGGACGGGGUGGUCCCUGGGGAGCGUUUUCAAGGACCUGCAUUUGAAAAUGUUUCAAAUAAAGAAAAUAAUGUUGUGAAUAAAAAAAAUCGGAGACAAAAAAAAGCACAAAAAAUAAAACAAGUGGAGAAAAAAAAAAUGUAAUAA